AUGGAGGCACCAGAUUUCCUAACGAACGUGGUUGACGCACUUGCGUGUCUGCGGUGGAGAAAUACACCGCUUACGCGUGCUUACCUCUGGACAGUCGAAGGGCCUUUAGCAGACGCAAAGCUAAAGGUCCUCUUGACUUCGGUUAUUGCACUUGAAGCUGGGAUGACAGUAGUUCCACGGGAAAAGUUUUACAAAGAGGAGCCCCCAAUCGUACUACGCCCUAAAGUCGGUAUAACGGUCGACGUGCAAUGCCAUGGCAGACCUCGGAGACUAAAGAUUCGCGCUCCUUGGACUAUCUGGCAUGGUGAUGAGGAAGAUGCAGGGGUAAGCAUCGUUAUAUUUCAAACUGAGGUGGGCUAUAACGCAGAGGCAGAAAGCUGCUGUUUGGCAUACAUGGGAGCAAUACACAGAGCCCGAAAGGCCAUCCACCAAGAUGCAUGCAUCUACGGCAUUGCUACGGAUGGUCAACACUGGAUUUUUAUCCGGAUCGACAAUGAGUCCAAGUUUUCAAUUGGAUACAACAACCACGCUUUAGACCAAGUGUAUACGAUUCUAAGAACCAUGGUGCGUCAUGCGAUGCACUUGGCGUCGCAGAGAGUGGCCGCAUCGACCACUGAAAAAUUGCCUUCCUCUAUUCGAUUCUAUGAUCCCUACAAGAAGACGCCGCCUGAGCCGGACAUUGAUACUGAUACUGAUACUGAUACUGAGUCUGAGUUUGAGUUUGAGUGA